AUGUCCAUCCUCUCUCACAUUAGGAAAAGCCGCCAACAGGCCAAAGAGCACAAUGCCAAGCUAGCCGAUCAAAAGAGGAAAGAAUCAGCUCAACUUCCAUAUAAGCAUGUUCCUACUCAUGCGGCAACCGAUGCAUUUGCCAGCGCGCCACCGAGCUGGAGGGAGGCGGAUCGUUCUCGAAUUAUUGAGCAGAAUCGCAGACGCAGUGCCAUGGCUGCUAGUGGGUUCAACAUGAAUAUGCCUGGCGUACCCCGAGUCGGAAGCAGCCUCUCCCAUGUGUCUUAUCCUGGACAAGAUGUCGCGGCAAUGAUGGGUAUGCCCAGACCAUACAGCUACGUUGGCACAUCCCCGUUGCCGGGUCUUCGUGACAGUCGGGAGGUAGUGUACGCAGCGCCAGACAUGGCAUAUCUCCAUCCAGGGCCGCUCAAGGGAAAGGAAGUGUCGCGGCUCUACGACUCUCAGCGCAUCAGCCCAGCGUCAAGUAAAGGCGACCCUUCUCCUGUUGAAAGUUCCAGCGUGUCAACAAGUUCUCAAGACGAGCUGGAAAUGAAGUCUUCUACGGCGGCCACGACUCAAACCGGUGAUGGCACCAUACCCCAUCGCCUUCAUCCUGGCCGGGCGAGACGGGCAUUAGACGUUUCGAUGAAUCAGCACAACUUGUCCAGUGCUAGCAGAAUUAAUGCUUCUAGUUACAUCCGAGAUUCUCGCCCACCCCCUUCGAUGAGGGGCUUCGGCUCGAUUCCUGCCGUCGCAGCCAUGCAGCCGACGAGCAUUGGGAUUCUCCCUGGAAAUAUCUCUGCUCAUAGGAAUAACAGCGCAUCGCCCUCAAUCUCGCCCACCCCUACAUCUCGGCGGAGUUCAUCUGCAUCACUAUCUGGCCUCUCCGCUAUGCCAGCGAGGCAGACAGCUUCAACGACGCCCUCAGUAGCCAGUGCUUCCAAGACUGAGUACCCUCUGAACCGUCUGUCAAUGUCUGGUAUUGACUCGGGAUCUCUGACGUCAUCCUCGGGAGCGGCCAAUAACAAUCCGCCUCGAGCUAAUUCCAUUAACCGCCAUACUGGGCCGAUAAACGUAUCCCAAGACGCGGACGAUAUGCGGCAGCAUUCCGGGCGGCCCCAGGCUUCUACCUCUGACCAUCAGCGGUUUGAUCGUGGCCGUCUUCCGCCUCCAUUGUCUCAUGAAGACCUCGUCAACGUGUUUCCUGAGCAAGCAGGACUGGAGGCAGCACCGGCAAAAAAUGGAAAGACCAAGAAGUUAUCCAAGACAGACGGCGGGAGACUCGUCAAGAAGAAUCGAUGGUCCACUUCGAAGGUAUCGGUUGUUGCGGUCUAA